UCCCGUUGGUUGUGGAAACCUUCUGCUGACAAAGAAUGUGUUACUUAAAAUGCUCUACGUCGGAUUUUAUAUCAAUGACAUGUAAUCAAACAUUAAGGAUUAAUUCGUCGUAACAAGAUGAACAUUUACGUCAUUUUGCAGCCGCCAACGAACGUCCAUGGAGGAAAGAUGUGAUGAACCUGCCUGGGCUCACAGCCGGACUCUUAUAAUUUCUAGUCAAAAAGAGGUUUGCAUCAUGUCCGACCCAGUUCAGACCUCCUCUGACAGUCUGUGUAAACUCGUCAGCUGGGCUCACAGCCACGGCACCAUCUGCAGCCUCAUCCCCAGCCUACAGCAUCUCACCAAUGGCUCCCACGGUACCGUGCUGACAAUAGAACCCGGUCUCCAUGGCAGCAGCGUCCCUGUCGCCGUGUGGGGUUGUGGCGCUGGACACGCCUACCACUGGCCCCUCAGUGACCAUAGCACUGCUUACGGAGGCUCAGGCAUUACUAGCCAUGGUCAGGAGAGGUUUGUUGGAGGGCGUCCGUCCAACAAGGUGACAGUGAGGGCGUCAUGUGACCUGUCCUACAGUGAAGCAGCAUCACAGCGGGAAGAGUUCAACAGCCAGCUGUUUGACAUCGCCGGAUGCAUUUCGUCGGCAACGGAUGAGGAUGAUGACUACGAGCCCCGUCCAUCCAGAAAAAGAGGUGGGGCAGCGGGAGGAGCACUUCCUGUGAAGAAAGUCAAGCAGGAAGCAAACUCUACAGAGGAUUAUGACUCUGGCAUAGGGCUGGCAGUGAAAGACAUCGGAUCACAGGCUUCUUGGGAAACAAACACAACGUCUCAAAUCACACACACAUUGUUGCCUAUCAAGACCCAACAUGGACACACUGUGGGGUGUGAGGAAGUAGUGGACUCAGGGAUGCAGCUGAUGGGAGGAGGCAGCUGCAUGACAGGGACCACGGAGCAGACCAGGAGAUGCAGCUCUACAGAGAAAAUUCCGGAUACACAUUUGUCUCGAGGCUUGGAAAGACCUGCAAAGACGGGACCUGUGGAUUUCUAUGCGUGGGAUCAGGAUGAGCUGGGGAAGCUGCAAGCGAUACUCACCGAAGAGCGAAGCCGUAUCCAGCAGAUGACCGAAAUCAUCUCGAGUCUAAAACAUGACAAAGAGCUGCUGCAGCACGAACUCACUAAGAAAUCAGAACUCAUCUGUGACUUCCUGCAGGACAAACUCCGGCCAGAAAAGAGGAGUUCCCUCAUGCCCUCUUCUGACGAUGUGGCUGGGGUCGAUUCGCCGACACUGUUUGACUCAUUUGAGGAAAUGGAGCUUCACCCUCUAGACCACCAGCGGACCCUGAAGAGCAAGAGGAGCCGAGAUGGAGAAAACACCCGAGUCAGGAUGAAAAACGUGGUGGGUGUGAUCGCGCGCUACAUGGCAGCCCUGCAGGAGUUUCGCCGCAGUGUUUCCAUGAAGGUGGCCUUUGACCGGGUCGGUGUGGACCGCAACACCAUCUCCCGUACGGCGUCCAUAGCCGAGCUCAGCCUGGCCGCUCCGGACGUGUUUCAUGCACUGGCAUCGUGGGAUGAGAAAGAGGAGACGCUGGCACAUUACGCACACCGCUGCCAGCAAGCCAUGGAUGAAAACAUUAAGGCCAAGAUCAAAAUGAUGAAGUCAAAAGGCGAACUGCUGCCCAUUGUGUCAAAGAGUUACAGUCUGACUCCUAACUGAAUGAGAAGCCUACAAUGCAAUCGGUCUGUGGUCGUUGACUUAUUUACAAGGUGUCUUUUUCACCUUCUUGUUCGCUGAUGAUCGUCAUGUGGCUGCACUACUUUGUCACCAGAUUUCUGUUCCUGCUGGGGUAGACUUUUUGCCCCAGUUCUAAUCAAUUUCUCUGUGGAUGGUUGUUGAAAGCACUAAAUUGUGGGGAAAAAAAGCUAUUGUUCAUGGGUUUGUGUAUGGGUUGACUCUGAAGUGGUUAGAUCUGACUCUGAGCUACUUUGAUGUUACAGUUAUUGAUAAUGGACUUAUACAUAUUUAAGAUCAGUGGUUAAAAAAAAGAGUUUUCUAUGCAUUGUUAUAUAUUGUGUUUACUAUGUGUUGUGGACACCUGUUUUACAUUAAAGCCCCAAUAACACUUAAGUUUUAUGAAGUCAACUUAAUUUAGAAAAAAAGAAAAGCCAAAAUCCAAUUUCAGGCAGAUAAGUGGAUGACUGAAAAUGUUAAGCCUUUAAUAAAUACGGGGCUUAAGGCACCGUCACGUCGGCACAACUGCCUUCUUCAGGUAACACAACCCAUAGAUUUAAUGAAUGUACUUUCCUUUUUAAUGUGUUUUAUUAUUUUUUUAAAAGAAGUGAGAAAUCAAGAUGAAAAGAUCAGAAGUGAGGGGAAAAAUCUGAACCAAUCAUAAAACCCAAUAAUGUGAGCAACAUUAAGGUAUUGGGACUUUCUGGCCCCAUUUUUAUAUGUCCAAAAAUAGAACCUGAAUUGUAUUGAAUGUAACACUUUUAUUAUUGAAAUAUCAAUACAAAUCCGUUAAUGUAAAACCCUGACAAAAUGUGCAUUAAUGCGGUGAAAGGCAAUGACAGUGUUUCUGUAGAGUUUGUUUUUAGCCCCUGCACGACUUCAAAGGAUGUUUCACAGCUAUCUGGAACCUUCUUCCAACUGUUUUGAAAAGCUUUCCUAAAAUCUGCAGCCAGCCUGUUGGUCUGGAAAAUGUAAAAAAACGACAGAUUCACACUCCCCUGAGAUUGUUUACACAACAACUGUCCAUUUAUCAAAGACUUAAAAGAAAGGAACUGAGAGAGAAGCGGGUCUGAGGUGAGUGCGUAUUGUUUGAAAGCCUUGUCCCAUAGGCAGCAGGAGGACAAGGACAGUAGGUAAAAAGGUCAAGACUCGGGUUCCAGACGUGGAAUGACAGGGAGGAUGAGGUUCCCAAACGAAGAGUCCUGCGUGAUGAAGAAGCCCGAUGAGUGUGUGUGUGCAUGCUGCAAGAGAAGACACAUAAGCAAAGUG